AUGGCCUCGAGAACCGUUCUCCCGUCGGUGACGACCAAGACGGUUCCCCGCCCUGCCCCUAAUGGCAUGGGCAAUGGUUUAUUUGCAACCGCAGAUAUCAACCCUGGUGAUACUGUCUUGCACAUUGAGGCACCAUUCGUGGCCAUUCUGGACACUCCUCGUUUGGAGGACACAUGCGCUGGCUGUUUUGGAAAGCGACAAAUGGAAACUGGGAAUGAGCUGAAAGCUUGUACAGGAUGUCGUGUCGUGAAGUAUUGUGAUCGGACUUGUCAAUCAAAAGAUUGGAAGUUUGCCCAUUCCCUUGAAUGUCCUAUUUUCAAGAAUAUCAAGCCGAUGGUACUUCCCAACAAUGCUCGCGCCCUUCUUCGUAUUGUGCUCCGCUCUGCUCGUAACAAGUAUGACCCUGAGGAGUUCAAGGUCUUUGAUGGACUAGAGACUCACAUCAAUGAGAUCUCUGAGAGUCAGGGCCAACUCGAUAGAAUUACCUUGACCGCAAGAGCUGUCAAGAAUUACUCGGGGACAGAUAUCGAAGAAGGCACAGUUUCAACAUACGCUGCAAAGUUGGAUCUGAACUCUUUCAAUCUGACAACGUCGAUGUACGAUCGUAUUGGUCUGUACCUGCACCCAUACGCUGGGUUGAUCAAUCAUAGUUGCGACUAUAAUGCCACAGUUGGAUUUGAUGGAGCCGAGCUAUAUGUCAAGGCCAUGCGUCCCAUUAAACAGGACGAACAGGUAUUCAUUUCCUACAUUGAUACCACAACACCAUACGACAUCCGACGCAAUGAAUUGAAAGAGCGCUAUUUCUUUGACUGCCUGUGCACAAAGUGUCAAAAGGGAACAGAUACAUUUGAGGACCGGUUUUUAUCCGAACCCGAAGACAUGACACCCCUUGAAACAGCGGAACGUGAAGCUCUUGAAUUGAUGCAGACGGCCACGGGAUCUAGCACAGAGCACGCGGAAGCAAUCGAAAAGCUGGAAGCUGCUAUGCACAAGCUUCACGAGACAGCUGCUUGGCCUCUCACCCGCCAACCCUAUGCUUCCCUGCGUGACAAGCUGAUUAUUUCCCUGCUGUCCGCUGGAAACUUCACUCGGGCUUUCAUCCACGCGGCCAUCAGAUACAUAAAAAUUGACCCUGUCGUGUAUGACAAGGCCCACCCAAUCCGCCACAUCCAUGCAUGGAGCCUGGUCCGGCUUACGGUGUUCAUCUCACAAGAAGGGUUCCAGCCCGAUCCUAAAGAUCCCGUGCAGAUCAAGGACUUCCAACUGAACUUCCACUACCUGAUCUGGUACAUUUUGGCUGAGCUUGCAAGCACUCAAUUGGAGAGCUGUACUGUUCCCAGCUUCAAAAAGCUGGUUGGGAAUCAAUUUGUGCAAGUUCACAAUGAAUUCAAGACCAACGGUCUCGAUCCAAGCAAGUCCAGGGGCGUUCUGGCUGCUGAAUGGCAGAAACUCGAACGUCUUGUGACCAAGGCCCUGGAAAAAGAGUAA